AUGAUUCAAAAGAUUAUUCUCCAAAAGUCUAUUUUAGAUUCGCUUUUAUCCAUUCAUAUAUUUAAAACUAAAAUCAAUUAAAGUCCAUUUAUGAAGCAAAGAGGUUAAAUUAUAGUAGCCAUCAUAAUUUUGUUAGACUUUUCUUUAAUUACUCAUUAAUAAUGCUUGAAAAGAUAAACAACUAUGAGAUCAAUUACUAGAGGAAAGUACAAGAAUUCUUUACAUAUAUCAAAUGGGGCAUUAAUAUCGUCCACAAAAGAGAAUUUUUUUUAUAAAAAUAAUUCUGGAAAUUGCUUAAGAGAUACGAUAUAUGAAGUAAGUGGCUAAACUGGUUUCAUGUAUUGUAUGCCAGGAUUUUCAAUUUAGUUGAAAUUGUUGUAGAAAUAUGAACUAAACACUUUAAAAUUAUGGAUUUGGGAUAGAGAUAAUAGGCUUCAAACAUUGUAAUUAUAUGUGAAAGUUGGUAAUCUGGAAACUAAAGUUUAUGAAACCACUAUGGCUUAAAGUGUAGUUACAAUAACAUUCCCAGACUAAUUUGUAGAAGAAUUUAGAAUAUUUAACAUUGCUGGUAAUACUAAUAAUCCAGGAUUGCAUUUGAUUAAAGUUGAAGCUUACUAUAAAUUAUAAAUAACUUUGUUAUAAUGA